AUGAAGCAACGAGAAGAGGAUGUCGAGUCCCAAGCUCAGCUACUUUCUAAGGAGAGUCAGUCACCAUCGAGCGAAGAAUUUGACUACGACGAACCCGAAAACAGUCACCAAAAUCAGUCAUCACGCCGUAGACGUCGGAUAGAACAGAAUCCUUUAUGGCGCCGUAUCCAGUCGUUCACGUUACCUAUCUGGGCGCCUUGUCGCAAAUUCAGCCCUAAAUACUACGUCUUCGCCAUUGUCGUAUCCUUACUCAUCACGCUGUUCAUCUUUAACCCCUAUUCCCCGACAAUACCUACCCAGCAUCAGACAGACGUCGACGUGUCUCCCGGAACCCCAACAAGUACUAUCGCAUCCUCUACAAAAGCCGCAAAGCCCACCGAGAGUUCAACACCUGCAUACAAACCACCAAAACUCGAGGCCAACGACAAAUAUUGCACCACAUGGCCCAUAGCAUUGCUCCUAAAGGUGGAUGGAAAAAAACCAGCGGGUAUCAAAGUCAUCGGUAUGGUCUUUUAUGGCCGUAAGAGAUAUGUGGACCUCUUGGAUUGUUACCUCCAGCAGAAUCUGGCAUCGAAUGGCGGCUACUUUGACGAGGUGUGGUUUAUGGCCCACACCAAGGAAAAAGACGAUGUUAGCUGGAUAGAAGAUCUUGUCCAAAAGACUCCCGGUUAUAAGAUUGUCGGCAAGGGAAAAUGUGAAGGCGAAAAAUAUAAGUGCAUGUGGACUUACGCCGUCGAGGACAAAACUAUCUAUGUCAAAAUAGAUGACGAUAUUGUUUAUAUCCACCCCGACGCCAUCCCUCAACUUGUCCAUACUCGCAUUGCCCUACCUCAUCCGUAUGCCAUCUCGUCAAACCUAGUUAACAGUCCCGUCACGGGAAUGGAGCAAUAUCACUACGGUGCGAUCCACCCCUUUCUCCCGGACCCGAGCAGCAAGCCUUCGUUUCAUGCUGCGGAGACGUGGCGCGCUUCCGAAAAGAAGAAAUAUCCUAAAGACCAACUGGUGGACGAAUAUAAGAUCAUGGACAUGGAACCGUCGUACCGCGGCCACCCUUGGCUCCUUAUAUCUGACGACCACUAUGACCUACUGAAAACACCCAUGGGAAAAUACGACCAGAACCGUGGUUCCGACCCAAUUGCAUUCGGUUUGGCGUGGAAGUCGUGGGCUAUCGGCGCGCAGCAACAAUAUUCUCUCUUGUACAAUCUUGAGCAGAAUAAGAUGCAACGCUAUUUCUUCGGCCGAAAUAUCCGAUACCCGGAAAGCGCUUUGGGACCCAAUGCUUCCGCAGUAGUCUUCCCUAACGGGGACGGCCCCGGUGGUGAGCAGACAUAUGAUACCGGGUACAACCGAUACAACUUGAACUUCUGCGCCGUAUGGGGUUCCGAUAUCAGGGAUCAACUACCCAUUGCCGACGAUGACGAGCAAGAUAUCACUGCGGAUAUUCCUAGACGCAUUGGACGGCCAUUCGUAAUCGACACCCGCUCCGUAGUAGGCCAUUUUAGCUUCUUUACCCAGAAGGAUGGUAUCAAUAAGAGCGAUCUUCUAGAUCGAUGGCGAGCAUUCGCGAACGAAGCGGUCUGCACCGCAAAAAACCAGAAGAAGCCGUGGGAUCUGAUGUGUCCGGACUUCAAAGCCGAGGGUGGUAUGGGACGGUAG